GUGGGACUCCUUUAAACUUCCCUGGAUCACAUCAGAAUGUCUGGCCUGUCCAGAGACAUCUUGAAAUGGAUCCAGAGCUUGGACUUGUCAUACUCGGUCAAGAAUGUCAAGAGAGAUUUCUCGAAUGGUUUUCUUGUAGCCGAAAUCUUCUCUCGAUACUUCCCUCACGAUGUUCCAAUGCAUUCUUACGACAAUGGGAUGAGCUUGCAGAAAAAGCUGGCGAACUGGGACCUUCUGCAGAAGUUCUUCAUGAAGAAAGGAGUUCCGAUCUCACGAGAAAUGAUCGAUCAAGUGAUACACUGCAAAGACAACGCAUCCAUUCCCCUCCUCGAGACGAUCUACACCUGCCUGACAAGCAAGAAAGUGCAGAACGUGAAAGCGAAGAACGAGGACGAGCUGAUCCCUCCGUUUGCUCGCGCGACUGCGAGCUCGGCGAUCAAGGAGAGCAUUAAGGACACAGAGCUGGUGACUACGUUGCAGGACGAGAACACGAGCAAGAACAGAACAGCUGAGCUGCUCAACGACCACAACAAGACUCUGAGAAACGAGCGCAUCCUCGAGCCGGGGAGAUUCACGACAACCUCCCCUAAGAAGAGUCAGCGCGUUCCCCCUCGCCCGAUGCCGUCGGAGGUGCCGCAGGGGCAGAUCGAGUUCAAGGAGGUGCAGGUCCGAACCAUCGACAGGAACGUGACCCAGCUGAGGGCGAGCAGAGACGUCAACGGGACGAUGAACCAGUCGAGCAUAGGGGACUCGAAGAUGUCGGAGGAGGCAGAGACGAAGGCGCUCUCGGUCAAGCCGAUCACCAAGCAACUCAACGAGAUCGUGAAGAAGUGUAUGGGGGAGGGGGGCGUGAAGGGUGCCGAGGGCUCCAAGGACGCUAUCGUCGUCUUUCUCGACAUGCUCUUGUCCUCCAAGGACCCGAACAUGGAGGCAGCUGCGUCGCUUGUCUUCGACACGAUCAUCAGCGAGUGCGAUGAGCUUGUCAACGCCUUCCUUGCCUCCCCCAAGGAGUUCUGGAGGCUGUUUGCGCUGUUCAACAGCGUCUUCUUCUCUCCUGAGAACUCCCUCGCGUUCUCUCAUGGCCUGCAGCUCUUCUGCGAGAUCGGGCAGCGGAUGACAGCACAGGAUCCCUUCCUCGCCUGCGGUCUCUUCGGCGACUACGGCAUCCCCAAGAUCGUGCCUCUCCUCAAGACGAAGCCCUCGAAGCGCAGGAGCCUGUUGAGCAUGAUGUACUGCUUCUGCGAGACGUCGAUGCACCUGAGGAUGAUCAAGGCCCUUCAGGACGGGCUGGAGGACAUGACGUGCUUCCUGCAGUGCGUCGUUGUCCUGAUGCACCUUGAGACUUCCUUCACCGAUGACCUCCUCGACCUCUACAUCUACUACGCCAUGACGGGCCUCGGGCAGCAGUCUGCCUCGCUCCGUGCUGCGGCUCUGUCGAUGAUCGUGAUUGUGGUGGAGCAGCAGUAUCCCCUGGUGAUCCCGAUGCUGGACAAGCUCGAGCUCUUGCGCGAUGAUGGAUGGUGGGAGGUGUCAGCGCAGCUUGUCCGUGUGUGCGCUGCCAUCCUGUCCAUGUUGAGAAGCGGAGAGACAGAGGAGAAUGGCGCCAUCUGCGGACGAGUGUACAACCUGACGGAAAGUAUCCUCUUCUCUUGCCGCUCUCCUCUAGUCAAGAAGAUCGCCGUAUCGAGCUUGGCUCCUGUGCUGGAAGAGCAUGCUUCGCUCAAGGACAUGUACAGAGAUGUUCUCCUCUCGCUCAACGAACGAGAUUUCUCCGCUGUCAUGUCUACGCCCAAAGAUCAGCAGCAGUACAUGCUGGGCAGCUCUCUGCAGUACAUGCAAGCAGCGUCUCCGUUGACGCUCCUACCUCCCCUCAUGGUCGCGCAGACCCUUGCAAUGAAGAUCAAGGAGAGCGAGCUUGAGAAUCUGGAGCCGGAGCAUGUGUAUAUCCUCUUAUCCGUUCUCGACGCUCCCUUCCACGAGGAGGAGCAGGACGCCUGGGCCAAGAUCCUUGAGGACCUGGAGCUGCACGUGUACGUCGCUCUAGCCGACGAGGAGCUCUGCACUGACAUCGUCACUGUGAUCCAGAAGUGGGUCACCUCCCUUGGACCUCGAGCCUCCAAGACUUUCACAACGUUGGGCAAGUCUCUCAAGCUCAUCUUCACGCCCGAAGGCGAGUCAAGCAGUCCUGCUGCAUGCCAAGAUGCGGCGAUGAACCUGCUGGGACUCCUCAGGCAGGAGGAGUCUGUAAAGCAGGAGCUGGACACGGUUCUCAAAUCGAUCAAGUCAGACUUCCAGGGAACAAAUCUUGAAGGCUAUCUUGACCAGCUAUAGAUGUACAAUCUCCUUGUUUAUUUUUUUUUAAUACAGGCUCCAGAAUUG